AUGAAGGUCUGCUUCAGCGCUGACAUCCAUGGGAGCACAGACCAUCUGAGGAGGAUCUUACGUUGCGCCACGGAGCAAGAUUGCGAGACAGUGGUGCUGGGUGGCGACCUCGGUCCUCGUGGCCGCGGGUGGGGACACCUGAGCGACAAGAAAAGGAUCCGAGACAUCUUGCCGCACAACAACGACGGAUCCAUCGCCUGGGACCAUGCCGACUGUCUCACGCACAUGCAGGAGGGGUUCGAUCGUCAGGAACAGUGGUUCGUGGAGGAGAUGAUGCCGCUGCUUGAGGCACACCGGACGACAGUGUACAUCAUGCCCGGGAACUCGGAUUGGAAGCAUCACUUCCAACCCGGGGGGACUCUGGACAAACUUCCUUCGGUUGGCAGAGCCAACUGUGACGAUGAAUGCAACGAGUUUCCUCAAGACUCGCCUAAAGUGAUGAUCAUCGACGGCGAAGGGCAGAUUUUUACCUUGCGAUCCACAGGUGGUGGUCCCGGCGUCCCUGCCCUGGCCCUGUCUCUCGUGCCAAUAUCGAGUCAUCGCAAGAAGGACUGGGAGAGGAAGGAUUGGAGGUGGCAGGAGGAACAGCAGCUCGAACCCGGCGCAAGCCUGGACGGUUUCGUGUCAUCAGGGCACGAGCCUGGAUGCGUAAAACGGAAACGGUUGAGUGCCAAACCUGGGUGGGACGGGUGGGACGGGCAGGACCGAUCCAUCGAGACGGCGCUGGAUGAAGCGCUCAGAGACGACGGACGACGCGAGGCGCCUGGCAUUUGGUUCGUGCACUGCCCGCCGCGUCACACGGUUGGGGAUCUCACGAGUAGGGGCGAGAGAGUGGGCAGCGUCGCACUCAGGGCGGCCAUAGAGAGGUACACACCGAUGGCGACUUUCCACGGACACAUCCACGAGAGCGUCGAUCAGCACGAUGGAAUGUUCAAAGAACACAUCGCGACGAUGAAGCGCAAACCCGAAGAAGAAGAAGCGGAGAGCACGCGUGUUGGUGCUUCCACGAGGGAUCGAUGCACGGUGGUGAGCGUCGGAAACGAUUUUCGAGCGGAAGCCCCGCACAUCAUCGUAUUCGAUACCGACGACCCGGGAAACGCCGUUCGCAUGAAGUGCGCGUAG